AUGCCGGGGGGCAAAAGGGGGCUGGUGGCACCACAGAACACGUUUUUGGAGAACAUUGUCAGACGCUCAAGUGAAUCAAGUUUUUUAUUGGGCAAUGCUCAGAUUGUGGAUUGGCCUGUAGUUUAUAGUAAUGACGGUUUCUGUAAACUCUCUGGAUACCAUCGAGCUGACGUCAUGCAGAAAAGUAGCACUUGCAGUUUUAUGUAUGGGGAACUCACAGACAAGAAAAUGAUUGAAAAAGUCAGACAGACAUUUGACAACUAUGAAUCAAAUUGCUUUGAAAUCCUCUUGUACAAGAAGAACAGAACACCUGUUUGGUUUUACAUGCAAAUUGCACCGAUAAGAAAUGAGCAUGACAAGGUGGUGUUAUUUCUUUGCACUUUUAAAGAUAUCACUUUAUUCAAGCAACCUAUUGAAGAUGAUUCAACCAAAGGCUGGACAAAGUUUGCCCGUUUGACGCGAGCUCUGACAAACAGCCGGAGUGUUCUGCAGCAGCUGACUCCCAUGAACAAAGCUGAGGUGAUCCAUAAGCACUCCCGAUUAGCUGAAGUUCUCCAGCUGGGUUCUGAUAUUCUUCCACAAUACAAGCAAGAGGCCCCAAAGACUCCACCACAUAUAAUUUUACACUACUGUGCUUUUAAGACUACUUGGGACUGGGUCAUCUUAAUUCUCACCUUCUACACAGCCAUUAUGGUUCCCUAUAAUGUCUCCUUCAAAACAAAGCAGAACAACAUUGCAUGGUUGGUCCUGGAUAGCGUGGUAGACGUUAUUUUUCUGGUGGACAUAGUAUUGAAUUUUCAUACUACAUUUGUUGGACCUGGUGGAGAGGUAAUAUCUGAUCCCAAACUCAUCAGGAUGAAUUACCUGAAAACCUGGUUUGUGAUAGACCUCUUGUCAUGUUUACCUUAUGACAUCAUCAAUGCCUUUGAGAAUGUAGAUGAGGUAAGCAAUAUCAGUUUACUACAGUUGGUCAGAUUAAUUCAAUAUGGUCUAUACAAACAUAAACCUGUUGCUCAUAAACUCCCAGAGGCCCCACCCUAUUUAUACAGUCCCUGA